CAAAAAUCGGAACCGUUGCACACGUUCGCGUGUUUCCACACGGAACUGUUAUUGUGUGUGACGCAUUAACGCUGUUCUACUGUCACUACAUGCGAAUUAUGAUCUAUCUCAAACUUUCAGGCAGUCAUCGAUUAUUGGAUAUUUACAUUAUUUCUUAUACUUUUUAGAUGAUGAAUUUCUUCCGCAACCGUCUGGUGGUUUUGGGGCUGGUGUUACUGGCUACAGUGCUGCUGUAUCUGCUGCUGCCCUCCAUACGGCAGGGGAGCAUGGAACCAUCUCUGGAGGUGCAGCAGCGGAUGGGACUCAUCGCCGCCUCUCCUCCGCCGCCGCCAUCCAGCAUCAACAUCACGGUCAGGACCGGACAGCUGCCCGGGGACCCGCCGCUCUUCUUCAGGGAGGCUCUACCUGUGGACAGCGCCGGACGACAGAUACUGCCCAGGCUGCAGAUGGUGCUGCUUCAUGGUCAGGCCUUCACCUCUAAGACCUGGGAGGAGUUGGGCACCCUCAGCCUACUGGCCUCCAACGGGUACCAGGCCCUCGCGCUCGACCUGCCUGGUUUUGGGAACUCUCCAGAUUCAGAGUCGGUAAAGUCGGAUCAGAGCCGCGUGGACCUGCUAAAGCGGUUUCUGGAAGCUCUGGGCGUGCGAGCGCCGGUGUUACUGAGCCCGUCUAUGAGCGGCCAUUACGCCUUGCCGUUCCUCCAGAGACACAGCGCCCAGCUGCACGGCUUUGUGCCCAUCGCCCCUGUGGGCACCCGCGGCAUCACCCCACAGCAGUACCGCGACAUCCAGACUCCAACACUGAUCAUAUAUGGGGAGUUAGACACUAACCUGGGCGCCCAAUCACAUAAGAACCUGAUUCAGCUGCCCCAUCACAGCGUGGUGAAGCUGGCGGGAGCACGACACGCCUGUUACAUGGACAAACCCCGCGAGUUCCACCGCGCUCUGCUCGACUUCCUCAGCAAGCUCGACUGAGGGACGGAAAGAGUGAGAACGAGUCAAACCAUCGUGUGGAAAGAGACUACUAGAAGAAGAGAGACGCGAGAAAAGAAAAUGAUGAACAGGACUGCUGUGUAGCUGUAAAACCAGUCCUGAAACCUAACACCACACCGGAACGUUCUAUCAUGUAUCUAUCCAUCCACAUCAACUCACUCCUUAUAAUUUCCCUGCCCAAUCAUCAAGAGAUGAGAUGUUAAUAUAUCAAACAAAUCUUCUGCAGUAUUACUAUAGCUUUUUUUGUAGAUUGUAAGCAUCUCCUUUUAUCAGUUUGCCAUGGAUUCUUCUUGUUAUUACUGUUCUUACCGUAAUUGCCUGACUGUAGGUUGUUAUGGUUUCCAGUCUGAGCGAUGUUCCUGAAACACAAUUUUCAUGAUUUCCAGUUUGAGGUUUAUUCCAUAACACUGUCGCCAUGGUUUCUGGUCUGACGGGUGUUCAUGUAACACAGUUGACAUGGUUUCCUUUCUGAGGGUUGUUCUGUAAACCUGUUGCCAUGGUUUCCAGUCUGAGAAAUGUUCCUGUAGCUCAGUUGCCAUGGUUUCUGGUCUGACGGGUGUUCAUGUAACUCAGUUGCCAUGGUUUCUGAUCUGAGGGAUGUUCCUGUAACACAGUUGACAUGGUUUCCUUUCUGAGGGUUGUUCUGUAACCUGGUUGCCAUGGUUUCCAGUCUGAGAAAUGUUUCUGUAACUCAGUUGCCAUGGUUUCUGGUCUGACGGGUGUUCAUGUAACACAGUUGGCAUGGUUUCCUUUCUGAGGGUUGUUCUGUAAACCUGUUGCCAUGGUUUCCAGUCUGAGAAAUGUUCCUGUAACUCAGUUGCCAUGGUUUCUGGUCUGACGGGUGUUCCUGUAACACAGCUGACAUGGUUUCCUUUCUGAGGGUUGUUCUGUAACCUGGUUGCCAUGGUUUCCAGUCUGAGAAAUGUUCCUGUAACUCAGUUGCCAUGGUUACUGAUCUGAGUGAUGUUUCUGUAACACAGUUGCCCUGGUUACUGAUCUGAGGGAUGUUUCUGUAACACAGUUGCCAUGGUUACUGAUCUGAGGGAUGUUUCUGUAACACAGUUGCCAUGAUUUCCAGUCUGACAGUUGUUCCGAUAACACAGUUGCCGUGGCUCCCUUUCUGAGGGAUGUUACUGAAACACAAUUGUCAUCACGGUUUCCAGUCUGAGAUUUAUUCUGUAAUGCUGUUGCCAUGGUUUCUGGUCUGACGGAUGUUCUUGUAACACAGUUACCAUUGUUUCCUAUCUGAGGAAUGUUCUGUAACACAGUUGCCAUGGUUUCCAGUCUGAGGAAUGUUCUUGUAACUCAUUUGCCAUGGUUACUGAUCUGAUCUUUUUUUUUACCCAGUGUAACACAGUUGCCAUGGUUUCCAGUCUGAUAGUUAUUCUGUAAUGCUUUUGUCAUGAUAAUCUUAGGGUUUUUCCUGUAACAUAUGGUUGCCAUUGUAUCCGGUCUGAGAAAUGUUCCUGUAAAUCAGUUGCCAUGGUUUCCAUUCUGACAGUUGCUCCAAAAUCAUGGUUGCCAUGGUUUCCAGGCUGAGAAAUGUUCCUGUAAACCAGUUGGCAUGGUUUUUAGUCUGACAGUUGUUCCGAUAACACAGUUGCCAUGGCUCCCUUUCUGAGGGAUGUUACUGAAACACAAUUGUCAUCACGGUUUCCAGUCUGAGAUUUAUUCUGUAAUGCUGUUGCCAUGGUUUCUGGUCUGACGGAUGUUCUUGUAACACAGUUACCAUUGUUUCCUAUCUGAGGAAUGUUCUGUAACUCAUUUGCCAUGGUUUCCAGUCUGACAGUUGCUUCAAUAACAUGGUUCCCAUGGCUUCCACCCUGAGGAUUGUUCCUGUAACUGUUUUCCGGUCUUGGGCUGUUCCUAUAAUAAGGUUGCCAUGGUUUCCUGUCUGAGGGUUGUUCUUAUAAUACGGUUUCUUGUAACAGCAAGAGUCACAUAAUGCCAAAAUCAUUGUCAUUACAGUCAUAACCCUCCAUCUCAAAUGCGCUUGACAGGAAACUGGAGUCUUUAAUCCCACAAGAACAUCUCAGAGAAGAAAAUGGUAUUUCUCGCUUUCGGUUCGUAUAUGUUUGUUUUAUCGUUGAGUGAAGAGUGUUCACACCAGCAGUUGGCACAUACGUACCACUGAAUGUAGCAUGUGAAUGACUCGCCAUAUGGUUUUAGAUGCUCAAAAAUAGAGAGAAAGGUUUCAGUAUUUGAUGCCUGUCAUGCCUGUAAAUUUAGUUUUUUAUUAUUAGUGGUUGUCAGAUUUGUACUGGCAGUAGUUAAAGUGCUCACAAUAAAAGAGAAUUUACUGAGACUGCAGAGAAAAAAAAACGUGUUCAUUAAAUGAUAGCGGUACUACAGUACUAGACCUAAAAAAAGUAGGUGUUCAUUUCAUAUUUAUUAUUUAUUGUUUCUUCUACAUGACACAAACUGUAAUAUGUGUGGUAUUUAUGUGCUGUGGUCUGAUUUUUUUUUUUUUUUAUAGCUUGUAAAUAUGAAUAUGUUGUAGAGGACAGUGAGGCACCUCUGACCUGUGAACAUUUCUGACAUCCCAAAUCUUCAACCUGAAGGGAUUCGUCAUUGGGACUGAAUUCAGAUUCCUGUGUGCAUGGUACUGCAGAACCAUCAAACAUGCUUUUGUUCAAUGCAAAAUAAAAUUCAUUAACAUUCA